UUGCUGUGUUGUCUUCAUAUGAACAGUAGAAAUCUGGGAAACAAAAAGUGGACUUAUCAUGUAGCUGUAGCUGAGAGAAUUCUAUAACAAAACAAAGUUUUCGGUUCCUUCACUUGUCUUGCAACAACAGUUUUAACUUUUGAUUUCAUAAGCUCAAUAAUAGUAUGCAACUGUUCUUAUCAUCAAAACGACAAAACCCUAGUUCAAGAUCCAAAGCCUAAAAAGAAAACAUCCCAUCACCACCACCAAACUCUUCUUCGUUUCCUUUUUGAAACAUUCGAGAACAAGCUAUAAAAACUGUUUGCUGUGAUUGUUUCCAUUGAUUCGAUUCGAGAAAUGGAUAGCUUCAACUCCGAAAACGGCGCCACCGGCCUUGUGAACGUUAGCCAUAACGGUGUCACUUCGUCGUCUUCUCCGACCUCAAGCCGCUACGAGAACCAAAAGCGCCGUGACUGGAACACUUUUGGGCAGUACCUGAGGAAUCAUCGCCCCCCGCUUUGCUUGUCAAGGUGCAGUGGAGCUCACGUCCUCGAAUUCCUUCGCUACCUUGACCAAUUCGGCAAGACCAAAGUCCACAGCCCAAUCUGUCCUUUCUAUGGCCACCCGAACCCGCCGGCACCUUGCCCCUGCCCGCUCCGUCAAGCCUGGGGCAGCCUCGACGCUCUCAUCGGCCGUCUCCGUGCCGCCUUCGAAGAAAACGGAGGAAAACCCGAAGCAAACCCGUUCGGGGCACGAGCCGUGAGGCUUUAUCUUCGUGAGGUUCGUGAUUUGCAGUCGAAAGCAAGAGGGAUUAGCUACGAGAAGAAGAAGCGUAAACGACCACCACCUCAACCAAUCUCAUCUCUCCCACUGCCAAUGCAACUGCCACCACCGCCACCAGGUGCAACUUAAAAA